AUGGAGCAGCAGGGUGUCCAGUGCGCCCCGCCGCCUCCCGCCGCCUCCCAGACAGGAGCACCUCUCUCCAACCUCUCCCACAACUGCAGCGCCGACGGCUACAUUUACCAGGACUCCAUCGCCCUGCCCUGGAAAGUCCUGCUGGUUGCAUUGCUGGCGCUCAUCACCUUGGCCACCACGUUCUCCAACGCCUUUGUGAUCGCUACGGUGUAUCGGACCCGGAAGCUGCACACCCCGGCUAACUACUUAAUCGCCUCUCUGGCGGUCACUGACCUUCUCGUGUCCAUCCUAGUGAUGCCUAUCAGCACCAUGUACACGGUCACCGGACGCUGGACCCUAGGCCAGGUAGUCUGCGACUUCUGGCUGUCGUCGGAUAUAACCUGUUGCACUGCUUCCAUCAUGCAUCUCUGCGUUAUCGCCCUGGACCGCUACUGGGCCAUCACUGAUGCAGUGGAGUAUUCCGCUAAAAGGACCCCCAGAAGGGCUGCCAUCAUGAUCGCGCUGGUGUGGGUCUUCUCCAUCUCUAUUUCGCUUCCGCCCUUCUUCUGGCGUCAGGCCAAAGCGGAGGAGGAGGUGCUGGACUGCCUCGUGAACACCGACCACGUCCUCUACACGGUCUACUCCACGGUGGGCGCCUUCUACUUACCCACCUUGCUCCUCAUCGCCCUCUAUGGCCGCAUCUACGUGGAAGCCCGCUCUCGGAUUUUGAAACAGACGCCCAACAAGGCCGGCAAGCGCUUGACCCGAGCCCAGCUAAUAACAGACUCCCCAGGGUCCACGUCCUCGGUCACCUCCAUUAACUCCCGGGCUCCCGACGCGGCCAGCGAGUCCGGGUCUCCCGUGUACGUGAACCAAGUCAAAGUGCGAGUCUCAGACGCCCUGCUGGAGAAGAAGAAACUCAUGGCCGCUAGGGAGCGCAAAGCCACCAAGACCCUCGGGAUCAUUUUAGGGGCGUUUAUUGUGUGCUGGCUGCCCUUCUUCAUCAUCUCCCUGGUUAUGCCCAUCUGCAAGGAUGCCUGCUGGUUUCACAUGGCCAUCUUUGACUUCUUCAAUUGGCUAGGCUAUCUUAACUCUCUCAUCAACCCCAUCAUCUACACGAUGUCCAAUGAGGACUUCAAACAAGCAUUCCAUAAACUGAUACGCUUUAAGUGCACAGGGUGACUUGUCAGUGGCAGUGGGGUCGCCUAAGCGACCUUUGGGGACCAAGUUGGGUCUUUCCACAGGUAGGUCAAAUCUUCUUUCCCUGUUACUGGGUGGAAGCAAGGCUCUCUCUCCCGGGCAAGGGCGAUGGAUCCUCAGAAGCCGGGCAGCUCCGAGAGAGCACUCUGAAAGGUGAACUGCUCAAACUACUGUAAAGCUUCCAUAACGAGGAGGUAAGCCUCCUCCCCUCAAAGUCUGGGCUCAGCACAGAUCCUCCGGCAGCCAAUCACAGGAAAGGUUGCGACUUUUUAAGGUUGAUGAUGGACGGGGGAAUCCCUCCCCUUUGGUAUCAUGGACAUGGUUGCCCUCUAAGCCAGUGGCACUUGUAGGUGUCUGUCUGAAGCCCGUCUGAGACAGAUCUACAUACAGCCUGGCAGUACUUGAACUAGACCAUUAAUACCCUGUGCUUUGGGGAGAACUUUGUGUUACAGCUUAAUUUUAGAACACUUACUUUGGCAUCCUUCCGUCUUCAUUUGUUUAUUUAAAUUUGGUUGGAGAAACUUGUGGAUUUGGUGCUUCAAAUGCUAAAUGUGGCUUGGAUGGCACAAAGCAACCUUGAAGAGUUAACACGGCAAACUUCUGAUGCUAAGAUCUCUAUUUUUAUUACAAUCGAAAAAUAUAUGGGGCGGUGGGUGGGAAUGGGAGAAGGGGAGUGUUACUCUAAGAAUCAACACCUAAGAUUGUUUGUUUUCUUCAGAUUUCUAAUUUUUUUUUUAAAUAUCCUGUUUAGUGAGCGUCAAACCACAACUCUUUAACAACUCAAACAAAACAUGAUGUGUGCUUGUGCCAAAGUCUACAGGCUGCUUUGUUUCCUAAUCUCAUGUACCGGUCAUUUUACACACUUAAAACCCCACCAAUGGAGGAUAUGCUGGGUGACUAAACCCAGCCUGCUGCUGCCAGAGGUGUUUGACAAGUGGAUUACAGUUAUAUACAGUUCCUUAACAGGAAAGUAUCUUUAUUCCUUAUCCAAUUCUGUGAUAGGCGGAGGAGAUUGAUGAAACAGAAGUGAUUUCUUAUGUAACUAAGGAAUGAAGGGGGGAAUAGGAGGAUGUAUAUUUUUUGACUUGUAAAAAAAAUCUUAAAUUGCAUGAGACAAUUUUUGAUAAUCAUUUGCACUCUCUCCCAUUUGUGAUUCCUUUGUGUGCAAAUUUUAUAAAGUAACCAAGAGAACUGGUUUCCCUGUCCAGAAAUCUUCAAAAUGCAGCCAGAGUCCCCAGGAAGUAUAUUAAAGUGUGUGUGUAAGAGAAAGAGAGACACAGAGACAGAGAGAGAGAGAAAAAGAUAGAUAGAUAGAGAGAGAGAGAGAGAGAGAGAGAGAGAGAGAGAGAGGCUGAGACUCCACUUUGUUUUAUCCUUGCUAUUGAAGUUUGGGUAGGAACAACUAGGAAAAUUACACAUUAGAAAUUUAGAAAAGCUGAAAGAGCCUGAAAUUGAACCUAUUUUUCUUGUAACUUAUAGAACCAAACCUCAGGCUCACCAAACAACCUGGAAACUAGCAAACCUUCUAGCCUUGGAAAAGAGUUACUGACCUGCCUCUUCAGUGACUAACAUCUAAAAUAAUUUAAGGGUUUCUCUCCUUCUAAGUUUCAAUAACACUUAGUUCUUUUGAAUUCACUCUGAGGGGUACACAAUAGAGUAAAAUCACAUACUAGAAGAUUUUUUUUAAAAAAAAUGCACUUUUCAAUAAAAAAAAGCAGUCCCGAAGGGUCAUCUGUAAGAACAAAUGUGUGCGUGUGUGGAAUGUUUAAUAUGCCAAAGAAGAUUCACAGUCCUUGCUUCAGAGGCUGUCUGUACUGGAGACCUUUUGUCUGCAGAAGGAAGUUGUCUUUAUAAAACGGAUCCAUUCCCUGUGUGAAGCUGCACAAUCCAGAUCAUCAGACAAUAGCUGUUGCUUGCUCACUGUGCAGACCUUCACAUGGGGUAAUGACUCUUGAAAAGAUGCUAUUCAAAAGUUCACAUGUACUGUAGGUUUAAAAAAAAAAAGGGAAUUUCAACCAACGUUAUACCUGAUACUGGAGUAAGAUGAAAUCUUAGGCAUUGGAUAAUCCUAUUGACUGGGAUCUGCAGUUUCUUCUGCUGGAUCCCUCCUUUCUUUGUUUGUGCUUUGUGAUAUUUCUCCUAUGGAGGGAUGCGCAGGGAGCAUGGUAUUUGUUUUUUAUAUUAUUAAUAUGUUGGUUGUCUGUUUGUGUAGCUGUGUUUUCUUGGGGCCUAAGAGGCAACUGAGUCAACUUCUAAGAGCCUUAGGGGAAAAUUAAUGGAAACCAAUAGCCACUUACAAGUGAUUUCUUUAUAGGGCACCUACAAUGGUCGUGUCAUCAUGUAAACAAAACAUGGUCAAUUUAGUCAAAUGGGUUGUUUGCCAUUUUGUAGAUCACCCACCUUAAUUAUUGCUUGAGUAUUUGGCUGAACUGACUGAAUUUGGGGCAUCGUGUAUCAAAUAGAAGCUUGCAAACCUUUGUAGUGAUAAGAGAUCUAGGAUCAUCAUCUAACAUUGCUCACAAUUAUGCAAGGUGUAUAUUCAUCCCAGGGGGAUGCAGUUAGGACUGUUAAGCUCCUUUUCAGUUACUACUGCAUAUAAGCAUAGUUUGUUUCAUAAGCUAGGCACAUGGCUUCUUUGCAGAACAUAAAAUGGGAGAUGGAAAUGUUUAACUUACAUAGAAAUGAAAAUAUGUUUUCAUUGACUAUGGUAAUGAAUACCAUUUUCCAUAUUGUUUAAUUGCACAAAUUUUCACACAAGUAUAUGAAUGUAUACUCAUCUAAAAUUACCAAUAUUGUCUUGUGUUUGUAGGAACUUUAGAGUUUCCUUUGUAAAAAAAAAAUGGACACUGCACCCAUGGAAUGAAUGUUUAAAGAGUUCAACAAAUUUCAUAUAGAACAAUAUUGUUCACUUUUCCUCUCUAUUAUCUAAGUUUCAUCUUCUUUAAGCAGGAAGCAUUGAGAAGACUAUAACUCACCCAAGCAGUAACGUCUCAGACUGUGUGUAUUCGAUGGAGUUCUGUGUCUGAAAUUGCCUUUGGUAUCCCACCUCUCAGCAAAUGUGUAAUUGGAAAUAAAAUUUAGGAAAAUGCUGAAAUAAAAGUCCUUUUUUUGUGU